CUAUUCCACAACUCGCUUCCAUAUUUAAGACACUCGAAUUCUUCACAUGAUUUUUCAAAAUCUCUCUCUCUCUCUCGUGUUUUCGACUUUUCCUCUCUCUCUCUCUCUAUAUAUAUAUAAAAAUUAAAAUUAAUUUAAUUUUUUUCCGGAUCGAGAGAAGAGAGAAAAGUUCUUCUUCUUCUUCUUCUUCGUGUUCUGGAUUUUGUUUCAGACGAAGACCAUAAGAAUUUACGUCAAUGGCGGUGUAUGGCGAGAAGAAGCAUUGGUGGCUCCGUAACAAGAAGAUCGUUGAUAAGUAUAUGAAAGAAGCGAGGAAUUUAAUAGCGAGUCAAGAUCCAAACGACGUGACAUCGGCUCUGGAUCUUCUCGAAUCUGCGCUCUCUGUGUCUCCACGUUACGAACUCGCUCUCGAACUCAAAGCCAGAUCGCUUCUUUACCUCCGUCGAUUCAAAGACGUCGCCGAUAUGCUUCACGAUUACAUCCCUAGCCUCAAAUUAGCCGCCGAAGAUUCCCCCGGCGACCUCUCUUUUACUCAUUCUUCUCGUGAAUCUGUCAAUCUUCUCAACGAUCAUCAUCAUCACGACGACUCCUCCUUUAAAUGCUUCUCUGUCUCUGAUUUGAAGAAGAAGGUCAUGGCAGGUCUCAGUAAAAACUGUGACGAACAAGGGCAAUGGAGAUAUUUGGUUUUAGGUCAAGCUUGUUGCCAUCUAGGUCUGAUGGAGGACGCUAUGGUUCUUCUCCAAACCGGUAAACGCUUAGCCACAGCCGCGUUUCGCCGUCAGAGCAUCUGCUGGUCCGACGACAGCUUCAUUCUCUUCUCCUCCUCCUCCUCCAACGACGGCGGUUCCUCUCCUCCUCCUCCUUCCGUUGUCGUCACUUCCGGAUCUCAGCCACGAUCCGAGAGCAUCGCUCACGUUCUAUCACACAUCAAGCUACUCUUACGACGCCGCGCCGCCGCACUCGCCGCUCUCGACGCUGGGCUCUACUCCGAAUCGAUCCGCCAUUUCUCCAAAAUCUUAGACAGCCGCCGUGGCGCGCCCCAGGGGUUUCUCGCCCAGUGCUUUAUGCACCGCGCCUCCGCCUACAGAUCCGCCGGACGAAUCGCGGAAUCAAUCGCCGACUGUAACAAAACCCUAGCCUUAGACCCGUCGUGUCUCCAAGCCUUGGAAACCAGAGCCGCGUUGCUAGAAUCCGUUAGGUGUUUCCCGGACUCGCUUCACGAUCUCGAACACCUGAAACUCCUCUACAACUCCAUCUUACGUGAUCGGAAACUACCCGGUCCGGUUUGGAAACGGCACAACGUCCGGUACAGAGAAAUACCGGGGAAACUAUGCGUCUUGACCACGAAGAUCCAGCAACUGAAGUCGAGAAUCGCAAACGGAGACCUCGGGAACGUGGAUUACUACGCUCUGAUGGGAAUCAGACGUGAUUGCUCCAGAUCAGAGCUGGACCGAGCCUACUUGUUACUCAAUUUAAAACAUAAACCGGAGAGAUCAAUGUCAUUUAUCGACCGGUUUGACUUAACCGAUGAUGAGGAAGAAUUAGACUCGGUUAAGGACCGAGCCAGGAUGUCAACUCUAUUACUAUACAGAUUGAUCCAGAAAGGCUACUCAGUCGUGACAAGUAACAUCGUCGCAACGGAACAAGCUGCCGAGAAGCAACGGAAAGCCGUGGCAGCCGCAGCUGUAGUCACGGAAACUCAUCAGCGGAGUAAUAUCAUCGAAACGCCGAUUAGAGCUGUGAACAACAGUAAUAAUAAUACGAAUGUGGUGAAAGGAGUGUUUUGUAGAGAUUUGACGGUGGUUGGGAGUUUGAUUGCGCGGACCGGGUUUAACCAACCGAUUCCGGUUAAAUACGAAGCGCUUAGUUGCUGAAAUUUGUUUGACCCGGCCAAGGGUGUUUCUUCUUCUUUGUUUCUCUGCAUUUAUUUUUGUUGUUGUGUACAAAAGAAAGAUUCACAUUGGAUGAAAUUAUGGAUAAUAAGAAUAUUGUCUGCCCGAGAAUUUUGGAGCUA